CCAGAUGCGGCGGCCCGGUUUCCAGCCGGUUGCGGAGAGACGAGCACUUCCAGAGACUGGAGCAUGCGCGCCGAGGUGUACGGGACGUGUGCGGGGUCUCUUCCGGGGUCAUUUACCCGGGUCCUUGCGGCGGGUGUGUCCCUGGUCUGGGCAGGCGCUUGGGCUGCGCGGGCAGAUCUCGGGUGGCCGCCGGCCCAGGAGUUGGAUUGCAGCAGGAUGGUGAAGGCGAAGGUCCCCACCUCCAAGCGCGCCCCAAGCAGCCCCGUGGCUAAGCCGGGUCCUGUGAGCACUCCCACUCGGAAGAAAAACAAGAAGAAAAAAGGAUUUUGGAAAAGCAAGGCGCAGGAGGGAAGCAGGAAGCCGGGAAGCGGCCCGGGUGUUGUGAUGCGACCUCCAAAGGCACCAGAAGACUUCUCUCAAAACUGGAAGGCGCUGCAAGAGUGGCUGCUGAAACAAAAAUCUGAGGCCCCAGAAAAGCCUCUUGUCAUCUCUCAGAUGAGUUCCAAAAAGAAGCCCAAAAUUAUCCAGCAAAACAAAAAAGAGACCUCACCUCAGGUGAAUGGAGAGGAGAUGCUGGCAGGAAAAGACCCCGAGGCCAGCGGGGGCUCUGUCCCUUCAGGGUCCUCAAUGGACGGGAAGGUGCUGAUACCUCACACCAAGGCCAGCGGAGCAGAGCACAGUAAGAAAGGAACCAAGGAAAGGACAAAUGGUAACACUGGUCCAGAACGAGGGGACAUCAAGCAUAAGAAGCGGAAAGCUAAGGAAGCAGCCCCAGCCCCACCCACUGAGGAAGACAUCUGGUUUGACGACGUGGACCCAGUGGAUAUCGAAGCUGCCAUAGGUCCAGAGGCAGCCAAGAUAGCAAGGAAGCAGCUGGGUCUGAGCAGCGGCAGCGACAGCCUCAGCCUCGUGAAAGAGCAGGCCUUCGGCGGCCUGACAAGAGCCUUAGCCUUGGACUGUGAGAUGGUGGGCGUGGGCCCCAAGGGGGAGGAGAGCGUGGCCGCCCGUGUGUCCAUCGUGAACCAGUAUGGGAAGUGCGUUUAUGACAAAUACGUCAAGCCGACCGAACCCGUGACGGACUAUAGGACAGCGGUCAGUGGGAUUCGGCCUGAGAACCUCAAGCAGGGAGAAGAGCUUGAAGUUGUUCAGAAAGAAGUGGCAGAGAUGCUGAAGGGCAGAGUUCUAGUGGGGCACGCUCUGCAUAACGACCUAAAGGUACUGUUUCUUGAUCAUCCAAAAAAGAAGAUUCGGGACACACAGAAGUAUAAACCUUUCAAGAGUCAAGUAAAGAGUGGAAGGCCGUCUCUGAGACUACUUUCGGAGAAGAUCCUUGGGAUCCAGAUCCAGCAGGCGGAGCACUGUUCGAUUCAGGAUGCCCAGGCAGCAAUGAGACUGUACAUCAUGGUGAAGAAGGAGUGGGAGAGCAUGGCCCGAGACAAGCAUCCCCUGCUAACCACUCCAGACCACUGCAGCGAUGACGCCUAGCAGCCCUGCCCUCUGCUGCUUCCGCCCUCCUACAGAGGCAGUGUGAGCAGUCACAGGGAGGGAUCACAUCUCCCCAGAGUGGCAACUUCAGAAUCAUGACAGAGGGGCGUGGUGUGGGUGCUACUCAGAGCAUCCUUCUCCCUCUUGACUUUGUGGUUUGAGACCUGGUCUUACUGUCCAUGUGUGUUUGGAGCCAGAUGGUCGGGGGGAGCAGGAAGGAAGCCAGGAUAUGGGCAGCAGGGACUGCUGUGGGCACACCUGGCCACCCUUUACUGACUGCUGACCCCCAGGGCGAGGCAGGGAUGUGUGGGCUGCCAGCCUGUACUAUGCUGGCACCACGCAUCUUCGGUGGCUCACCCUGGGUGCUCAGCACCUUCCUCUCGGGGAGCGACAUUUCCUCCUUUGUCUUAGGGGACAUAACGAGAUCGCCAGACUUGAGGAACCCAGAGCAGGUGUCUGCAGUCAGCUCCUGAGAUACAGCUGGCCAGUACAGCAGUUGUCACAUCGGGGUGUCCUGUGGCCAUUUGAACUUUGAGCCUUUAUCUAAAUUGGCCCAGGGUUGGCUGGCAGGUCACCCAGCAGAGGCUUCUCCCUGUGGCACAAGGACAUGGGCACCAUCGCCUGGGUUGUUCCUGGAGGCUGGCAGACACGUUGACCGUGGGCUGUUGCAGCUGGAGAAGCUAGGUGGAGCAGCCGGUGGCUUGCUUGGCUAGGCUCCAGUUAGAGGCUUCCCAGGAACUAGAGUCAGGAACAGCCAGUGGCACUGACAAGGAGAUGGAGUCCAAGGCAUGACUGGGGCACCUGACAGCAGGACAGAAAAGGCGCAGACAUGCCGGGGAUGUGACUUAAAAUAAAUGCAGAUGUUUACUUUGAAUGGA